GAUUAUGUCUCUCAAUUUAACAAAAGGGGGGAGGGGAGAUUAGGGCUUCAGUGGGAGAGCAUAGCAGGUUCUACUGGGCUUUUUGAUGCUAAUAGAACGGGCAGUCUGUCUCCGCCAGGCAACUAAAUUAGCAGUCAACUCCUUUCGAAGAGUUAAUGGUAGUUGUAUUUUCAGGAGUCUCUGUUUUAGUCAGAUCGAGAGAAUUCCAGAUACAAUUUCGUAUGCAUCUUUUAUAGGUCAAAUGUUUCCAAUAAUCUUUAUACCAACUCUGGAGGUCCAAGUGCGUCCCCACAUGGGAAAAGGUCUUGUCCCAAUGCCUAAAGAGAGAAACCUUUCUUAGAUCCCAGGAAUGCGUCUAAACAGGCCCCUGUGACAGCGAUUCCAGGCAGGCCAAGGAAGGUCAGAAAGAGAUCCUUUCAAAAGCUCAGAGAUGGCAAAGGAGAGGCGGAGGCAUCGUCGCCGUUUUUCUAGGAGCGCGUGGUGGUGGGGGAGAAAGUGCAUAAUCGGUCCCGGCCAGGCGGUCCGCGAGCUGGGGCCUGUGGGUCCUAUGUGGGGAACUUCGGGUAGCAUCCGGGCUCCAGCUUGACGACUCAAGUUUCUUCCCCAAACACAGGAGAUAAUAACAUUCCCCUCUAGGAGUGGCCGAAAAGGGUGACUACCACCGGAGGCUGGGCUCCCAGCCCCGAGUUGGCGCUUGCGAGGUGAGUUCUUUCCCUGGAAGGGUGGGGUGGAGACAGGAAGCCUCCAGGGGGCUCCCCACCCGCCGCACGCGCCGCCCCGGCGGGCUUAUAAAUAGCGCCCCGGCGCCUGCAGAUCACUGUGGUUCUACUUCUUUCGGAAGAAGUCUCGCCCUGCGCGGACCGGGAACCGCGCCCUCGCCAACCUAGAACCCAGCGGGAGCCGCAGACCGCCCCGCGCAGUUGGCCGCCUAUCCACUCGGUUGCCGUCGCGGUUGACUUUAAAUCUGAACACAGCGGUCGGGGUCAGUGGGACCUGCCCUCUGGACCCGGAGCCGAGUGGGAAACCGAAAGCGCUGGGCUCCGCUAACGGCGGCGGGAGAGCGCGCGCUCGCGAACCCCGCGCCCCGCCCGAGCGCCGCCCGCGCCCGCCCCCGGGCUCCGUAAGUUUCGAUUCCUCCCCGAGCCGAGUCGCGCGCCGCGGCCAGUCCAGCGCAGAGCAGCGCCAUGGCGGACCCGGAGGUGUGCAGCUUCAUCACCAAAAUCCUGUGCGCCCACGGGGGCCGCAUGGCCCUGGACGCGCUGCUCGACGAGAUCGCGCUCUCCGAAGCGCAGCUCCUCGAGGUGCUGGAGGCGGCGGGGCCCAGCCGCUUCGUGGUGCUGGAGACCGGCGGCAGGGCCGGGGUCACCCGGUUCGUGGUGGCCACCACCGCAGCUCGGGUCUGCCGUCGCAAGUUCUGCCCGACGGACUGCGGAAACCUGCACCUCUGCAAGCUCAACCUGCUUGGCCGGUGCCACUAUACCCACUCGGAUCGACAUUUGUGCAAAUAUUCUCACGAUGUUCUCUCAGAAGAGAACUUUAUAGUCCUGAAACGUCAUCAGAUCUCUGGACUGAACAAAGAAGAAUUAGCAGUGCUUCUCGUCCAAAGUGACCCUUUUUUUAUGCCUGAGAUUUGCAAAAGUUAUAAGGGAGAAGGUCGAAAGCAGAUUUGUGGCAAUCAGCCCACGUGUGAAAGACUCCACAUCUGUGAACACUUCACCCGAGGGAACUGUGGUUUUACCAACUGCCUCCGGUCUCAUAACCUAAUGGACAGAAAGGUGCUGGAGAUGAUGAGGGAGCACGGACUGAGCCGGGAAGUGGUGCAGAACAUCCAGGACAUCUGCAACAACAAGCACAGCCGGAGAAGGCCCGGGUUGAGAGGUCCUUCACGUAACCGGGACCCAGCAGCGAGAGGCAGAAGCAAGAGUAGAGAUCGGUUCUUUCUGGCCAGUCAGGAGUUCCUUCCAUCUGCCCCAGCUUCAACUGAGACACCCAGCACACCCAGUGCAGAUCAGAUCGGCCGCAGGUCUCCCCAGGAUGAUGUGCCUGUAGAGGAUCUCACCUGCAAGUUCAAGCAUUUGGGAAGUCAAGAUGGCCCUCAACCUUCCUCAGCCUCACCCAAGGCCACCAGUCUGGGAGGAAGCAGGCCAGUGGGAGGAACCCAGAGGUUUUCAGAGAAUGGCAAUCUAGAGGACCUCUUCUAUGACAGUACAGCCAGCAGUCACCUCACUUCUGAUUUGACACCCACUUUCAACCAGAAGGUGCCCACAUCCUGGCCGAAUGACCAAGGCACCAGUAGAGAGAAUUUGUUUUCUCCGAGCCAGGCUGCCUCAUAUUCUCCUCUUGGUUCUCUGCAAACACCUAACACCGUGACCACCAGAAAAGGUGUGGGUAUGCUGUCCCCGGGCCACACGAAUGUCGAGGGCAGAAGUGGGAAUCCAGAAGCCCAGCAUUUCCCACUUUCUAAUAAUAAUUUGGAUGGGAUGGCCACAGAUACCACGUCCGCGAGAUCUUUAAAUUACAAAACCGCAACCAGUAGGCAGAGAGAAAAUUCAUUACCUAGGAAUCAGGAAAUCAGAACCACUCACCCUACUCUGGACCCCAUCCUUGUAGAUGACUGUAAACACAGAGAGCAGGUAUUUUUCCACAACACAACAAAUGGCUCGACUAAAGUUAUAUUUGAAUCUACUGAUGACACUGAUUUUGACUUACCAUCGGCAGUCAGAGUCAGGGUAGAUAAAGAUGUGUUAGGCUCUGCAAGUCAGAAUCUGAGACCCCAGGCCCUGCGCACACUGGGGGAGACCACUGCCCACACGUUAGUGAGCACUGUGUCCAAAGUACCACCUUUGACGCCUUCCUCAAACAGUAGAGGUACAGCCCCUGCGGCCCAUGUUCAAAACCCUGCUCAAAUGCCUGUCACCUCUGCCAGCGAGCUUGCCAGGAGGACACCCGGCCGUGCGUUGAAUUCUGUAUCUGACGUCACAAAUACCAUGGAUGAUCCUGGUUCAAAGGAAAUUUGUCUUGACCAUCUGAAUAGCAGUUGUCUAUAUAAAGACUGCAACAAGGUUCACUUCCACCUGCCAUACCGGUGGCAGGUGAUGAAUGCCAACACCUGGGUGGACCUCCAGCCCAUGGAGAGUAUUGAGAAGGCCUAUUGUGACCCCCAAAUCUGCAUCAUUCCUUUCGGAAAUUUAAAAAUCAAUUUCCAGAAAAUGACUUGUGGUUCUGAUCCCAUCCGACGCAUCUCCACACCUUCGUCCGUCACACUGCCGGAUAAUUCUGUCUUCACCACAAAAUGGAUUUGGUAUUGGAAGAGUGGAAGUCACAGAUGGGUUCCGUAUGGGGAGAAGGGCGACAGUCGGCAAAUUUCGAGCAUCGAUUCCUCAUACCUGGAGUCUGUCUUCCUCUGCUCUCCGAGGGGCAUUGUGCCGUUUCAGGCGGGUUCUGAGAACUUUGAGUUGAGUUUCCAAGGGAUGAUGCAGACAAACAUCAUUUCCAAGACCCAAAAGGAUGUCGCCAGAAGACCAACAUUUGUGUCUGCCCGGGAUGUGGCGCAGAUGAAAAGUGGGCCAGACCAUCAGCCGGCACAGACCCUGCCAGAGCCUGGUAUCUCGGUAUUUCUUCCUGAGCAGAAGCUUCCCUUCCCGCCACUGAAUGGAUAUGAGUUUUCAGAGAUCAAUAGCAAUGGCUCGGAAUAUGCCAAAGUAAGUGGGUAUUUUAGAGUGACGAUGAAACACGUUAAGAUUGAGAAGAUCAAGAAGAUCAAGAAUCCACAGCUCUUGGAUACUUUUCAAAGGAAAAAAAUGGAGAUGAAGGUCACCGAAAAAUACCUAUUUUGUGCCACACACCGCGCUCACGUAGAUUCUAUCUGUGCGAACAAUUUCGACUGGAUCUUGCAUGGGACUCCUGAAGGCACCUAUGGAAAAGGAAAUUACUUUACAAAAGAUGCCAUUACUGCCCAUAAAAACUUCCAGUCUGAUCCCAAAAACAUCGUCAUGUUUUUUGCCCGAGUCCUGGUCGGAAAUGUUAUUGAAGGAAAGAGGAGUUACACAAGCCCUCCUCCACCAUAUGACAGCUGUGUGGAUUCAAGGUUGAAUCCUUCCAUUUUUGUCAUCUUUCAGAAAAAUCAGAUUUACCCAGAAUAUGUGAUUGAAUAUACCGAAGCAGAUAAGGCCUGCGUGGUUAGUUAGAAAUGAUGCGGACACCAUCACAAAGGACGCCAUAGCCAUUCCAUCCACUUAGAAAACCCGAUCGCCGCCGAUAACUGUUCAACUUUUUUACAUUUUCUCAAUUACUUAUCAAAUGCCUUAGGUCAGUGGUUCCCAAACUUUGUUGCACAUGUGAAUCAUCUGGAAACAAACAGACAAACAAAAAUCCCAGUGUUCAGAAUGCAUCCCCUUCCAACUAAAUCACUGUUUCUGCGGGCGAGGGCCAGGCAGCGGUGUGUGUGGUAAACUUUGGGAACCACUGCCUUAACUGUACCUGUAACUGUAAAGACGUAACUGUAAAGAACGAUUUCUAAUACUGUGAUUGCAACAACUACUGUCUCUCCCAGAUCCUCUUACAGUUUACUGUAUGGCACGGUUUUGUUUUGGUUAAAUUGAAAAAAACUUAAUUUGGGAACUUUGAGAGAAAUCUAAAAAUGCCUAUUGAAAUAAGCACAUAAGACAGUACAGCCUUGGAUAAUGAUUGUGAAAAGUUGGGGGAGGGGAAUGCUUAGGAAUAUGCGGGGGGUGGGGGGGUGAAGGUAAUUUAAAUGCCAUUACAGACACAGCCUGCAUACCGUACCAUUGCAGUGAAACUGAUGUGGGGCAUACAUUUCGUUAUCUCUACGUUUAUUUAGGGGGCCCCAUCCAGGUUGACUCUGGAAUUCAUAAAAAAGAGUUGCCCAGUGUGGCUCAGAGAGAAGUACCAACUCGAGUUAAGGGCCCGUUUGAGCUCUUAAUAUCAUUAUGUCAAAGUAGACACGUAUGUUCUGAUCAAUAUGAUUCCAGAGAAGGCUUUUCUCAGGUUGGGCUUUCAUGAGGUGUGUGUAUUUUGGGAGCACUGAGGCGCAGUCACCCGAGUCACACAGGCAUGCCUGACAAACUGGAGGGCUCCUAUAGUCGUUCGCUGUGGCAGAUGAGGCUCACCGAGGAAUUAGGAGCAGGGCCCUCCUGUUGCAGGAUGGGUACCCUAAGGAGACAAGAUUUGUUUCCUGGUGAGCACAGAAUCAGAACUAGUAGGAUAAUGCCUCAGACAGGCUUUGCGCCUGCAAGAGGCUUUUUUUUUCCCUAACGUAACGAAAUGUAUGGAAUUGUUGUGCAGUCAGUUUUUAGAGCAAUUAAGCUGCCUGGACCAAGUUCCUUAUUAUGAGUCAGGUUUUUCCUUUCAAUUUUCCUUUUCAAACAUUCCACCUCAAUCUCCAAAUAUUCCUUAUAGUUCCUUCCAACAGACAUGUUAUAAAAACUAAUUAGCAUUUGAGGUUUUAGAUGUCAGAUUUUUAAUCAGUGCACACAGCCUGCUACAAUUCUUUGGCUUAAAGGAUCCACCAGUAACAAAUGUUGAGAGGACUUUUUAGCGUAAAGCUGUUUUCUGGGAGGCUUGCCACAAAUACUGUUGUUUACGUCUUCCUUUUUCAUGGUAGUUUCCGUUCCGGAGUUUUCAUUUCCUGAUCUUGACCUUCAGUGUUGCAGAGAUCCAACUUAUACAACUCUCUCGGACCGCCCCUUAGACAUCUCUAGUGGGAUAUUUCACAGGCAUCUCUGCUUCACCAGGUACAAAACGGGUUCUGGCUCUGCCUCCCUCAGAUGAACCAGUUCCUCCCCAGGGUUCUGUAUGUAAGUACGUGGUAUCACCAUCCACCCAUCUGCUCAAACAGCAAUCCACAAGUUGCCCUGGACCCCCUCCCCCUACCUUCCCCUGAGCAUCUAAGCUGUUCUUAAGUUCUGUUUUCCCCUUGAAUACCUUGGUCUCCUUCUACAUUGUUCUUUAUUUGGCAGCAAGAAUGGCCAUAUUUUUAAAUUUUUUACUUACUAAGCAUCAUCUUUCAAAACACAAAUCUGGUCAUGCCUUUAGAGUAAAGUUCAAGAUCAUUAUCAUGGCCCCACAUGAUCUCUCCCUCCCCUACCCUCCAUCAUGUAUUUUCUCCCACACAAGCCGCUCUGGCUUUCCUCCAGUCCUUUGGGAUUUUCCACAUAGCUCAUUGGUCUUCAAUUAGCAUCGCUGCCUCCUUUUUAAAUGGCAGAUACUUUGUAACGUCCACAUUAUUAUCCUCAAAAUGCAAUUUAGUGGUAAUGUACUCUAUCUGCCUAGAUACAAUUUUAGAAAUACAUUUAAAAUUAAGUACUAUUAAUAUAAAAGGGAAGUUAAAAGUACGUAACUGGGAUACGACUAUACUAGAAGACCUAAUUAAGUACUCAGAUGUUUACAUCUAUUUAGAAUGAAUAAGCAGGUAGGAGAUUAGAAGCUAUUUUGUACAAAGAAGUAUGGGAAAAUGAAACAGCAGGGAUACAAGUGGACAUUAGAAUAAAAACUAGUGACAUAAUAACUUGCAUAUGCUGAUAAUAAGGACACCUUAAUUGAUGUGGAUAUUUUUAAAAAAAAUAUGUUUCUUUAUUGAUUUCAGAGAGGAAGGGAGAAGGAGAGAGAGAUAGAAACAUCAAUCAUUGAUCGGCUGCCUCCUGCAUGCCCCCUAACGGGCUCGAUCCCCAUUAGGGGGCAUGCAGGAGGCAGCUGAUCAAUGAUUCUCUCUCAUCAUUGAUGUUUCUAUAUCACUCUUCCUUCCUUUCUGAAUUUCAACAUGUAAAUGCUCCGGCAUGACUACGGUAUACGACAUCAUGAAAUAGAUAUUUAUUCCUGCUUUGAGUGAAUACCUUUGGAUUUAGGAGUCAAUCAGAGGCUACGUCCUAUAAAGAAGUACAGGAAAAUGAAAGAUAAGACACUAGACACUACACACUAGAAUGAAGACCAGUAUUAGGGUAAGUGAUAAUAGACCAUGUACCUUAUCUGUGUAUGGUAAGGGAAAGAGCGAAAUUACCUUACUGUAAAUAAGGAUAAUAAGACAAGGCAAAUUACAGAUUGUCUAAGAGGAAAACAUAUAUAUUCUCUCAGGCAACCUGUAGGUCCUACAUAAAUGUCCAGCGGACAUUAGAAAGUCGUAUAGAUACUGAAUAAUUCUUCGUUUUGUGGGGCUAACCCAUAUACUGCAGGACAUCUGUUAUCCCUGGCUGCAUCCACUGAGGGCAAAUAAUAAUUCCCAGUUGUUAUGAAACCAAAACCCAUCAAUUUCUUUUUUCUUUUUUUAAAAAUAUAUUUUAUUGAUUUUUUACAGAGAGGAAGGGAGAGAGAGAGAAUUAGAAACAUCGAUCAGCUGCCUCCUGCACAUCUCCCACAGGAUGUGCCCACAACCAAGGUACACGCCCUUGACCGGAAUCGAACCUGGGACCUUUCAGUCCGCAGGCCGACGCUCUGUCCACUGAGCCAAGCCGGUUUCAGCCCCAUCAAUUUCUAAACUAUCACUGGUGAGAACCACAGACUCAGUUAACAUCUAGCAUCUUGACAUUAGCGUGUUUACCUUCAUAAGGAGUCCUAUAGGUUAGAUUGGAUGCUUGCCUCCCAAAUCCGGUUUUUAAAAUAAUUUGUGCCUUGCUUUGUUAAUUUUUAGCGUCUAUCCAACUCGAGGUUGUCUGCUUUCUGCAUUAGAAUGUAAGCUCCUUGAGGGCCGAGCCAACUUGCCUUGCUCACUGUGCUGGACCCCAUAACUAGCUGACUGCUUCAGACCUUGAUAAAAUAAAUUGUGUGGGCGUUAGCUCAAGUAUUUGUAUUUCAGUCGUUGAUUGUAUCUUCUUCUUCAAGCUCAGUUAGAGACUAAUAAAAAGUAAAUGCAAAUUUUU